UAGGUAUGUAGUUAUGCGGAGAUGGCACCUUGAAGACAGAAGAAGAAGAUGAUGAUGAUAAUGAAGAUGAAGAUGACGAUGCGCCAUUGGUCCACUGCACAAAGGCGGGUUGGGGCUGGAGAGAGGAAGUGACGAGGGCGCCGUUACAUUCUGUUACAUUUCUCGGCUAACGCAGCUGCCCAAGCAGACAGUACUUACAUAGUACUUUACUUGGUACUAGGGUAGGUACCGGGUCGACUGUAGGUAGCAUCCAUCGUCAUCUCUUCUCUGGCGUCAGACUUCUGAGGCCAGGCAGCCGAAUAUCCCAACAUCUCAUCCAAUCUCGUGCCAGACCUCCGACUUCUUAAUCAGCCAACCUCGUAUCUGCUUCGCCAUGUUAUAGCCUUGUAUUGUAAAACAUGUCAUCUUAGGGGAUCCCCCGCGCCUCGACACAGCUCGCCCCAUCUUCUCUUCAACCCAAUUGAGCCCUCGAUUGAGCUGACAAGAAUCGUAUAAAUCAUUUCCGGCCACGCAUGGCAUUCGCCUUCGAUCGUCAAUAUUCUCCUCCCUCGUCCUGCUCAUCCCCUGAAGUGCCUAUCCCUUAUUAUGCGCUCAUGAUCCAAUUGCCUUAUUGCCGACCAAGAAAGACACAAUCCCCUCACGCCCACUCGAUGCGAGGGUAUGUCUCGUUGGCUUUCUAAAACCUACACGAUGCGCUGGGAUGGCACGUCGCUCCUCCGCCGUCGACGAACCUCCUCCAUCCUCCUGAUCGUCCUCGUCCUGCUCUUCGCCCCCUACCUAUGGCCCUUCCUUUACGACUUCGGCGAUUGGUUGCGUCAGACCAACCCCUGGUCGGCGCAGUACAGGGUCCAACAAGACUUCGUCUCAACCCAAGAUGAACUAGAAUGUCUUUUCGGCAGAACACGCCCUACUACUACUACGAUUACCACCGACAUUGAGCCUAUACCAAACCAUGUCCACUUCAUCUUCGGUCUCAGAAAUCCCUAUGAGGACCCUCGUGUCGGCACCUUCGACUUCAUCUCCUAUCUCGCCGUACGCAGUGCUAUCGUCGGUAUGCGCGCCGAUAAUAUUUCCCUUCACUAUACCUACCUCGCCGAUCCGCCCACUCCAGAGCCCAACAAGGACCCCUUAUCCAAUCGCUGGAUAGACCUUUUGAAGAAUGAUAUCACACUCGUCUAUCACUCGCCAGAGGAGAUGGACGCCUUGAAAAAUCAACCUGGCGCCCACUGGCAGGCCGCUCAUAUAUCUGACGUCUUGCGCCUCAAGUUACUUCAAGAAGAGGGCGGAAUAUAUCUAGACAUAGAUGCCUUUGGUCUUCGUCCCUUUACGGACCUUCUGCGAUCACCUCGCGAUAUCAUCAUGGGUCACGAGGGAGGGGACCGCGGCGGCCUCUGCAACGCUAUCAUGGUGGCCCGCAAAAAUAGUACAUUCAUCGAUCGUUGGGCCGCCGAGUACAACAACGUCGAUCUUUCACGAGAGUGGAAUUUCCACAGUGUUGUCCUCCCAAAGCAGCUCCAGCUGCAAAAUCCUGAGGAGAUCUGCGCUUUACCUCCUUCAACCUUCUUCUGGCCUACCUGGACCUGGCACCACGUUCACUGGAUGCACGAGCCCCUUACACGACAGCAGGCUCGUCAAUGGGAUAUCGAGAUAGAACGGAACGGGGGAAGUUUGUUCGGUGAACAACUCGCCUACCACGCUUGGAGUCAGAUGUCAUGGGAUCGUUUCCUCAGCAAACUCACGCCCGAGAAAGUCCGUACACGUGAUACGCGCUUCAAUCUGUUAGUCCGGAGAUUCUUGCAAGAUAAUGUAGGCUCGGUCUGGCAAUAGUAUGGCCAUGACAAUAGGACAGCCACAUCUUAGCAUGUAUCAUGUUGAUGAUGGGCAUAGACAUUGAAAGAUCACCGUUUUGGUGUUAGAACAUUGUAUAACACGUUUAUACGUUUACAACAUGACGUUUGGGCGCGCAAUUGGAUUAUCCCAUAGCAGCUACAGCGGUUUCACGCGGCGCUCUAGGAACAUGUUAUCAUAGUCAUAUACCUGAAUGAUUCCCCCUAUUUGUAAAUACUAGAUACCAAUUCUUCUUUGCAAUAAAUGGCACAAGCCUGCAUUGAUAAGACUAGAUAUAUAUUCCUUCUUUUAUAUAACUUAGAUUGUGAGUUGAUACACGAUGCCAUAGGAAUU